UUAAAACUGGAAUUUAUUUUAUCAUUAGGGGAAAAAAAUAAAAUAUAUCUGAACGAGAUUAAUUUGAAACUUCUCGGAAUGCAUAUAAAAUUAGGAAAUGUUUUGGCCUUUGUCAAGAAAAAAUUCAAUGAUUUACAUAUUGUUUUUGAUGAACCACCAACAUUCUUGAGGUCUAUAAUCAAUUCCAAUGAAAAAGUAAUUUUCAUUUGUAAGAUGAAGCAAACGAAAGUGUUUUCAUACAUAAGCCCGAAACGUGAAAUUAAAUCAGAAAAUUCUUUAGAUCUAACUGGAUCACCUCUAAAAGAUGAUUGCAACAUUGAUUCUUUAAAUAUUUCGAUGGACUUACCACAAAGAAUUCUUACACCAUGGUUAAAACAUGAAGAGAAUUAUCAACCAAUUGAACUAGAAAAAGUAAGAGCAAUUAUUUCUGAUAGUUCCUUCCAAGAAGAAGCUAGAAAAACUUCAUCUUACGGCUCAGUUUGGUUUCUUUGCAAAGCUACAGAGAGCGAUAAUACUGUUUUAAUGAGUUUGAAUUUUGAUGAUAAUUACAACUCAAUAAGUUUUAUUAAAUCAUGUGAAAUGGUUGAAACAAAUUCCUUAAAUUUUGAUAAAUUAAUAAAAAUACAUAAUUCUUAUAUAAAGGGGGUUAAACAUUGUGAUACUUUUAUUGAGAAUUGUUACAAUAUUGAAAAUAAAAUAUACUUAAAGUUAAGUUGGUCAACUUCAGCUGCUCGCCCUCAAUUAAAUAACAUAAAAAAUUGUACUACAAUGCUUUGUCAGGAAAUUGAUUUGGAGAAUAAUGAUUCAGUAUUCCAGCAUUUUUGGAGGCAGCUAUGCAUCUUAGAUUUGAUAAAUGAAGAUGUAGUUAAUUUCAAAACAAAUGAUCAAAUAGGAAAUGAAACUGUUUGUAAAUGGGGAAGAGGUAUUGAACUUGAUGUUUUAAAAGAAAAUAUCAUCGAAGUUAUGACUGAGCUUCCCGGUUAUUAUUGUAAUAAUGAAAACGACUCCAAAGAAAUAGAACCAGUAGCAGCAAGAAGCAGAACUCGCCCGUUGUGUGAUAUAACAGAUAAACUUUUUGAAAUAUUGAAAUGUAUAAUAUUUUUUUGUAAACAUUUAUCUAUUAGAAUAACGUUAACUUUUUCUCAAGGUUGUUCAUCUUAUAAAGAUUUGAAAAUUGGUUUCGUUCAAGUUUUCCAAUGUGCUGCACAAAGAAAUAUAAUUAAUAUGCCAGUAAAUGAAAAUUGCUUAGCAAAAAUAAUACGAGAAGUCGCCCAACGUCGUUUGGCUAUACCAUGUUUAACUGGUACGGAGCCAUUGGAGUUACUUUUAGAAAUUGGAUUAGAAAAACUACAAAAAGAUUACGAAUACAUAUUAAUUGAAAGUAAAAUUUGUGGAUUAACUGAUUUACAACGGUUACAGAAUAGUGAAGAAUGUAAUAAAGUACAAGAACAAAAUUUUAAUGUACGGAAUACUUUAUCAAAUGCACAUCAAAAAUUCCAAGCAAAUAAGAAAACCCGUAAAACUUUAUUGCAUAAUUUACAAAAUGCUCGUAUUAGCGAUGAUGAUAGUGUUAAUAUUAUCGGAUUUCAAAAUAGCAAAUACAAUGAGAAGGAAGCAGAAUUAAAAUUAGCAAAACUAUGUCAAAUUCAUGUUGCACUAGAACACUUAUUAUCAAUUCAACUUAAUUUGAAUUUAGAAAAUGUUUACAAUCAAAUAUUUGAACAACUGUUGCAAAGACCUUUACAACCUUUUCCAAGGGAUGUCACUAAAUUUUCAGAUUCUAUUGCUUUACCUAUUUUAACUGACAAUAUUGUGGUACACGUUGAAAAUAAAGUUCCUCAUGUAAGAAGAAUAGUUAUAAAAUCUUCAAAUCAAUUCAGGAAAGUUGAGACAUCUUUUUAUUAUAAUAAAGAUAAUGUAUUCCCGUCAAAUGUUUUGAGUUCAAUAGCCGACAUCUUAGAUGAAAAACCAUCGAAGAAUUGUGAAAUGUAUUUCAAUUCAAUGUAUGUUUGUAUUCGUACUAGAAGAUCAUAGAUUUUUUCAAGGGUUCGAAGAUAUGUAAGAAUUAUGAUUUAAAAAUACAUCAAAACUUUGGAAAUAUUUCUUUCUAAUAUUUAAGUUUUAUAUUAUGUAAUUUUUAUAUUUAAGUUUCUCUUUAUAAUUUAGUUUUGCAAUGAUGUAUUAAAGAGUCAAUACUAACAAUUCAAACAAUUUUUAAUUUACAAUACUUAAAAUAUAAGUCACUAUAGAAAAUAUAAAUUGUGAUUGAAAUCGUGUUUGUAAAGCAGGUGAAUUUUUAAAAUUUCCAUUUCGAAACAAAGCAAAAAAAAACAAUU